AUGUCUACUGGAGCAGACAUCAAGGAGAGAGUGGGAGAUAGUUCCCAUGACAGCAAUUCAAACAUGACCCAAGAACAAUUCUUCAAGAAAGGUUUUUGUUCACUGCGGCAUGGCCUGGCCUUCAUCUUGCAGCUCUGUAAUUUUUCGAUCUAUACCCAACAAAUGAACUUGAGCAUUGCCAUAACAGCUAUGGUGAACACCACAGCAGCAACCAGCCAGCCCAACGCUUCCACUGAAAGACCCCUCACUGACUCACAGGACUUCUGGAAUGAAACAGUACAGGAAUCUAUGGCCCCGGUGUAUGACUGGACUCCAGAGAUCCAGGGUAUCCUCCUCAGCUCCCUGAGUUACGGGUCAUUCUUAGCUCCGAUCCCCACUGGCUAUGUGGCUGGAGUAUUUGGAGCCAAGUAUGUGGUUGGAGCAGGUUUGUUAAUUUCUUCAGUGCUGACUCUCUUCAUUCCACUGGCGGCUGAUACUGGAGUAGCCUUGCUCAUUGUCCUUCGGGUCAUCCAAGGCAUCGCUCAGGUUAUGGUAUUAACAGGUCAGUACUCAAUAUGGGUCAAAUGGGCUCCGCCAUUGGAAAGGAGUCAACUCACCACCAUUGCUGGAUCAGGGGCAAUGCUUGGGACCUUCCUUGUCCUCAUUGCUGGUGGUCUUCUUUGCCAGACCCUCGGAUGGCCUUAUAUCUUCUACAUCUUUGGUGGCAUUGGCUGUGCCUGUUGCCUGAUCUGGUUUCCUCUAGUAUAUGAUGACCCACAGAAUCACCCCUUUAUCAGCGCUGCUGAGAAGAGAUACAUUGGGUGUUCACUGGCUCACGAGGAUUGCUCACCAGGCUGGUCUCUUCCCAUUAAAGCCAUGGUCAAAUCUCUCCCACUUUGGGCUAUUGUAGUUUCUUACUUCUGCCAAUAUUGGCUGUUAUCCACAAUGAUGGCAUACACACCCACGUAUAUCGGCUCUGUACUUCAAGCAAACCUCAGAGACAGCGGAAUCUUGUCGGCCCUGCCAUUCGUGUUUGGCUGUGUCUGCAUUAUCCUGGGGGGACUACUGGCAGAUUUUCUCCUCUCCAGGAAAAUCCUCCGACUCGUGACAAUCAGGAAGCUCUUCACUGCAAUAGGGGUCCUUGUCUCAUCUGGGAUCCUCGUGCCCCUGCCUUGGGUCAGCUCUAGCCGCAGCACCACAAUGGCCUUCUUGGUUCUGUCGUCUGUCUUCUGCAGCCUCUGUGACUCAGGGGCCCUCAUAAACUUCUUAGAUAUUGCUCCAAGGUACGCUGGCUUUCUCAAAGGACUACUACAAAUCUUUUCAUAUAUAGCGGGAGCCGUAGCUCCUACUGCUGCUGGAUUUUUUAUUGGUCAGGAUCCAGAGCUUGGCUGGAGAAAUGUCUUCUUACUGGCAGCUGCUAUUGAUGUUGUAGGCCUGCUCUUCUACCUCGUCUUCGGCCAAGCAGAGGUCCAGGACUGGGCUAAGGAGCAGACCCAUCUCUGA